UUCUAUUUACCCGAAUAUUUAUCAUAUCGUACUGUUCAAAAGCUUUUUGUAUUGUAUUGUAAAAUACAAUAGAAAUAGUGGUUUGUUUGUAUACAAUAUUUUAACUAAUUUAAAAUUCAAACUAAUGGUUAUCAGUUUGACUUGGCGUGAAAUUGCUAUCCUGGUAUUUGUGUGCUUUACUUGGCUACACGUUGGAUAUUUAAGCUGGAAAUUGGCAGCAAAGUUAUCCAAUAAUGCCGCUAACCGCUGAUGUUGCGGCACAACAAGUGCAGGAGCGACUAAGAACACUGCAUAGGCUGAUAUAUGAAAUUGAAGCAGAAAGAGGUCGCAAUGAACAAUGCAUAGAGUCCAUACUGAAGGCAGAAAAAGCAGCUGAGUCUCCACCAUCAAAUGAGGACUCUUCUGGAUCAUCUCAACAGCAAAUGCAACUGAAAAGCUUGUACAAAGCGGGACUUGCAGCGGCCGAACAGGAAGAAAGAGUGCUUCGCGCAGCUCUUAAUCGGAUAUACGAAAUCAGAAGUAUUAAGAAUGAGAGACGCAUUCAGGCCCGGCACGCCGGCAACAAGGAGACCAUCGGUUGCGGAGCGCUGAUGAAGAUGCUGCUGUCGGCCGCCGCCACGCUGCCGCUGCACGUGGGCCGCGGCGGCGAGCGCGCGCCCGCGCUGUGCGGCGCCGUGCCCGCCGACCCGGGGCACGUGGCGCGCCCGGGAGAUGCUGUGGCCGCGCUCGUGCGCGUCUCGGAUAAGGAGGAGAACUGGAUCUUGGCUGAGGUGGUGAGCUGGCUGCCCGCGCAAGGCAAGUACGAGGUGGACGACAUCGACGAGGAGCAAAAGAACCGCCACGUGCUGAGCAAACGGCGCGUCGUGCCGCUGCCGCUCAUGCGCGCCGACCCGCGCACCGACGAGCACGCUUUGUUCCCCAAGGGGGCUGUGGUGAUGGCUCUGUACCCACAAACAACGUGCUUCUACCGCGCCGUCGUGAACCGUCUGCCCGCCUCUGCGGCCGAUCCCUACGAGGUCUUGUUCGAGGACUCCUCGUACGCAGACGGCUACUCGCCACCGGAGCGCGUGGCGCAGCGCUACGUGAUCGCCAUCAAGGAGGGCAAGGGCCGCGCCACCUGACCCGCGCCCCUUCGCACUGACACCGAUUCCGCGUCCAUGCAUUCCGGCGAUUCCCUACUUUAAAAAAAAAUGGGAAGUCGGUGAUUCCCAGCGGGCGCAGCGGUAAACGUAAAAUGAACACGUAUCGACUAAUGAAACUGAGCCUUUAACGCGGAUAUUUUGCAUGUGGGCGGAUACUCAUCGUUCUCCAAUGAACAAUGCAGCACGCCACGCUAUGCAGAUGUAUAGGCUUACAGCGCCAUCUGUCCUUUCGUUCCGUAAAUUUAAAUUUGUAUCAAUCACCGUCGCCGUCUACCGGAACUCUGACGAUAUUAGCCGCUGUUGUAGUUUUAACCGACCUCAAAGAGGGUGUUUGUUUUUGUAUUGUUCUGAUGGAUAAAAUGAUUUGAAAUGUAGAUUUAAGUUUAGGUUACUGCAUUGAACGUUUGAUAAGUAAAAUGAUUACUUAAAUUAUGGCUUUUUUUAAAGCCAUAAUUUAAACUCCUGUGAAGUCGGAUUAUUAUUGUCAGGACUUAGGACCGCAAUUAUUGUAUUAUUUUUUCUCAGCUUUUUAUCAUUGUUUAUUUA